ACUUUAUUGUCAGCGCUUUUCAGUGCAACCCCGGCGCCUGCACUCCCCACAUUGCCCAUUGCCUGCUGGGAUCUGCCGCUCGCGACUGUCAAUAUCAAAACCAAACACUUGGACUGCAGGAAGGUUUUUGACCACCCGACAUCAGAACUUCUGGCCUGUUCGGACCGUCGACUGGCUUCCGGCGCGACUCGACAUUUGAGGUUCUCUGCGCAAACCAUUGACCUCGGCCGUUUUAUUUUGUUCAACAGCGGUCCCUUCCUUCCUGUCAUCGGACACAGCGCGUGCCAUUGCGACGGCCCAAAACCUCCAGCGACGAAAAUCCGAGAGACGCGUUUUUGGCAGCGCAGAACAGAGAACAGUGCACCAACCUCUAGCUCCGCGACCGACCGACGCCUUUUGCGCCAGGCCAGGGUCGAUUGCUUCCUUGCUCCUUCCCCAGCCAACGACAACCGUCGACGACGAAUUGGUCAUUGUCGACCAUCGGCCAUUGAUCACCGAGCCUAACCACUUGUUUUGUUCUUCUUGUCUGUCGAGUCGCCGACUAUCAACAGCAGCACUCCCACCCACAACACGAGUCGAUUCUUGGGUAUCCGGGCCCCCCUACCCAAAGUCCAAGCUAGCAUCAGCACGCGACCAGACAGACAAACCGGC